AUGAAGCUCUCGCUCGUCUUGGCCGCGUCAGUAGUCUCUGGCGCCGUCGUGGCACCUCGAGCCGACCCCAGUACCAGCCCAAGCCCAGCAGCGCCGAAUCUGCCCGACUCAGUCUUUCCCAAGUUCCGAGUCGUCUCACUCGACGAGGCCAAACAAGGUCUGGACCGUGAUAUCCAGCAACUUCCGCCCAAGCCCGUGGGAAACUUGACAUACGAAACAGCUCCUGGAUCGGCAGCUCCCAAGUUUGGCGUUUCCCUCUUCUCCACAGUCAACAAAGCUGCGACUGCCGCUUCAGUUGCCUGUGCGAGUGCUCCGAGUUAUCGAUUCGAAUGGAGGCAAUACUCUGACUCUCGAAGAGUGUCGUUGAUGCAGGCUAUGAGAUGUCUCAUCAACAAACGGCCAUCAGGAAGGUUCUCGCAAGCCAAGAACCGGUGGGAGGACUUUGUGCAAUUGCACCAGAGUGUCAUGCCCAGCGUACACAAUAAUGCCAUCUUUCUGCUGUGGCAUCGCUAUUUCCUGUGGACAUUUGAGCAGAUCUUGCGCAACGAAUGCGGGUUUGAUCGCGGUUUUGCCUGGUGGGACGAGACCAAGGAUGCUGGACACUUUGCCCAGUCGGACAUGUUCACCAACUCGGCAUACUUUGGACCGUUGCCAGGCCUCAACAAUGGCAACCCUUCCUGCAUAAACACUGGAGCCUUUGCCGGAAUGAUUACCCACAUUGGGCCGGGCCAAUCCUUCACUACCCAUUGCAUCUCUCGAGGCGUGACAGAGUCCAACACGGCACAGUGCAACACCAACUUUGUGAACUACUGCCUGUCGAGAGCUGCGUAUGCAGACUUUGAGACCUGUCUGGAGUACGGCCCGCAUGGCUAUGGCCACAAUGGUAUCGGAGGGGUAAUGCAAGACGUCUGGUCGAGUCCCAGUGAUCCAAUAUUCUGGAUGCAUCAUGCCUUUAUCGAUCGCGUCUAUUACCAAUGGCAGCUUGGUAACGCGAACCGACUUGUCAGUAUCGACAGUGGCGUGGAUAGCACGGGCAAACCCCUGACCUUGGAUACGGUUCUCUCCAUGGGCGGUAUUUCACCGGACGUGAGGAUUCGAGAUGUCCUCAACCCAUUGGGCGGUGUAAACGUCGGGGGUAUAACCUUUUGCUACAAGUAUUCAUAUUAG